CAAGAACAAGAACUGAUUGCGUGACCGUUGUAUCGUGUCGUGGCUUGUUUCGCUCAUGCUGAUCGCGUUCAGAAGAGCGACCUCCGUCGAUAAUAUAGACGGCCUGACUCCUAACCCUAAACCUCAGCUCCAGCGUCUCGUCCAUGCUCUCAUUGCACAUAUUCGUCGGGAUAUAUACGCAUUUGAAGAGGUUCGUUGGCGCAGAAUCGCCGAAACUCUUCCAAGGUAUUCAUCGUGUGCUCUCAGCACUGAGGAUCCC